AUGCUUGCAGACGCAUCGGUAAGGCCUCCGGUUGAUGAGAUAGUUGCUUUCCUUCGACACCUGAUUGAGCAAAAUGGCAGCGACUUCUUGGCGAAGCUGUUUGGAGACAAGGCAGUUCAGGCCCUAGCACCGAGAGGUGGGAUCGAAAAGGUCGCCAUCGCAUUGUCAGAAAGCAAGACGGUCGAGGACUUUGGCGACGUUCUCAAUCUGCUGACGACCGACGUCGAACACAUGCGCAAUGUGCUCGCCGCCGUCGAAGAAGGCAACCUCGAGCUUCUCCGCUCGAUGAACAUCAAGGAGUCGGCCAUCGGCGACGUCAAGUUCUUCCUUGACAAGCUGGUCGAGACCGGUUUCCUCAAUAGAACCUAGAUGUUCGAAUCCGGGGUUCAGAUCGGGAGAUCCGGAUUUGUUCGACAGCACGAGGGGGGAGCACGUUUUGUGGGCGGCGCGAUAUUUUGUAACAGUAUUUUAACUCGUGGGGUAUUUUAUCGAUACUAACGCCGAAAAGGAGAACGAGAGAGAAGGAUAUUGCGAGAGCGAUAGAAAGAGAGAGAGAGAAGGAGAGAGGGAGAGAGAGAGAGAGAGAGAGAGAAAAGCUGCGCAGUGAAGAGCCCCCCCACUUACUUCACCGAAUCGGGAUAGAUAGAGAUGAGCCAUGCAAAGCAUAAUUUGUUUUAAUACUAGUGAAUAAUCUACGCAUAUCUAAGCAGGUUUGAAAAAAAAAUCCUCCUCUCAAUGGGCGGUUACCGAUCGAAAGUGUUCACGAUUCUCACAACGAUAGGACCAUUAUAGGAUGCAAUUGCUGGAAUGUGAGUAUGUAUACCCGAUCUCUUUUAGAUUUCUUAAAAACGACGAGUGAGCGUACGUGGAAGGGAGAUUUUGUCGCGAUCGUUUGAUUAACCCUUAUUCCGAUCAAAUGCGUUUGAAUCCCUAGAAACUAGUUUCUAUAAAGAUGCUUUGCUCUGUUUGCAACAAACAAACGACGGAAUCUUGAUAAGUUGUUUAGAUCAUUAGAUUCCCCGCCAUUUAGUAGCACGUUGCAUUAGAAAUUAAUUCAGUUGCCUCGAUAGUAUAGCUUUGUUUUUAGUACUUAGUUAUAAAUGUACGGUCUGUUACUGAAUCACGCAAAAUGUUCUCUGAAACCUACAAUCAUUCUGGCAUUGGGCGUUUAUUAGUCAAAGUCUAUUGAUAAUCGUGCGUGAUUUUGGCCAUGUUGCCUAAAAUCGUGUAGAGAGUGUUAUAUAUUAUAAUUCUAUCUUGUCAAGCAAGUUAAGAAAAUUUAUUGGAAUGCAUUAAUAUAAAUAUUUAGAAACGAUAUGCCCGUAUCGAACAAAAAAUACUUAUGAAUGAUUAUUAUAGUAUAAUAGAAAUAACAAAGUAAGUCAGUACUGUAUAUGAUAUUAUAUCGUGUUAUAUCUAUUUUAUUUAAAUACUAUUUAUCACGAAGCUAAAAUUGUGUCGAAAUCUGGAACUGGAAUAUUUACUAAAUUACCAAUGGGUGCACCCAGGUGUUCUUUAGAAUCCAUACAACAAAUGACAACAAUAAAUACCUGUGACAAUUAAACGGCUUUGUUGUUGCUUGGGCUUCCUUUCAAAUUAUGUUCGUUUCGGAAGAAACAUCACUCAAACGAGGAAUUUUAUUGAUUACUCAUUCUUGCCAUUCUUAGCCGUCGUUCAGUUACAGCAGCUGCCGCGUGUGGACUUUUUUUCCACACGGCAACACAUUACGACAUGCACUCAGUAAUCGCGUACACGGUUGUAUAGUUUUCGCGCAUGUUGCUUUUAUGCAAUCUUGCUUGUCAACUACACAUCAAUUCUGAAUGCAAUAAACAUGCUGCAGUUUUUUCCCCAAGAAUAA